UUUUCGGUUUAAGUUCAAAUGAAGUUUAUAUUGACUGCUGCAUUCGGGGCUGUACAGGAUACCGACUAAUUUGCGGUCCCCUCAUGUGGGAGUAGAAAAAGGGGUCAGACAUCUUCGCCCGUUUAAGAGAAUUCCUAGGUUUUGUUGGGACGGGUAUUUCAAUCAUCCAUGUAUUUACCGAGCUGCACCUAUCCGCCAAAGUCCGACUUCGGCUCCAUCGCCUCGCCGUUCUUAGGGGAGAGCGGCACAGCGUUGCUGGACCACGGCACCGCACCGGGGAGAAGACUGUCGGAGUACCGCGGCUACUGCUACCACGAGCCCCUACAGCAGUACCCACCUCCGCGCAAAUGGACCCUCUACCAGGCGAACCGCCCCCUCGCCUCCCCGCCGCCGUCCUGCUUCAACUUGCCGGGGGAAGCCGUUUACCACGAGUACCAGGGUUUGCCGUCCCCGCCGGAAACGAUCUUCAACGGCAGCGCGGACUGCUUUCUGUACGGCGGGGCGGUUUACGGCGCACCUGACCCCCGCUUUCACGCACGUGCCGUCGCCGGAGAGCCGCGGAGUUUCCCGGGCGCGUACGCGACCUACAACGCGGACUCGCAGCUCCUCUUCCCGGCAGAGCGGAACAGAAUCCUGCCGCCGGUUUUCGACCAGUUUUUCGAGAGGGCAGAGGAGGCGGAGGAUCCGAAAGCGGGCGUCGCGGCCGGGAACCAAGACGAGAAAGAGGCGAAUCGGACCGGGUGGACGAGCUGUCACAGCGGGGAGAGCGGCGCGGCGAGGGCGGGGUCACACUCACCCCCGGCUGGAAAGGAGGACCAGGAGGACGCGCCUUCAUCCGGCGGCAGUGGGGGCGACGGCAGGCAUGACCCGAAGCCUUCUGCUAAGAGGAAGAAGCGUUGCCCUUACUCCAAGCAGCAGAUCAGGGAGCUGGAGAGAGAAUUUCUGUUCAACGUUUACAUCAGCAAGGACAGACGCAUGCAGCUGUCCCGCCUCCUGCUCCUGACAGAUCGACAGGUGAAAAUCUGGUUCCAGAACAGAAGAAUGAAAGAGAAGAAGCUGAAAAGAGAGAGGCUGCAGUACUACACACCGUACCACCUGCUCUGACGGAUGGAUGAGGGCGAAGGAAGUGAACGACGGCGGCCCUUUUAAUGUGUGACUCAUUCCCAAACGGUUUAACAACUGUGCAAACUCUGUCACAGCACUUUCAUUCCAAUCACGCAGGCACGUUAAUAGAGACAUAAAUAAAGGUUAAAACUAACAAAAAAUAAUAAUAAAUCCUGUUCCCUCCAAAGGAGACCCCCAGGGCUUAGGUUUAGGCCCCAUGUUUUUCCGGAGUAGCAACAGAGCAUCAGAAACAGCAACUUCUCCUUUAAAUAGUCUGCCUCGCUCCUGAUUUUCUUGAGCUUUCAGCAGUAAAAACACUGGAAAAUGCUGCUGCUGCCUCAUUUGAGCCCGGGCCUCCCUGUCAAGUCAUGUGUCUCUGCCUUUAGGCCUUCAUGUUCUAUAAAUACUAAGAAACGAAGACAUACAUUCUUUGAAAAACUGCGUAGGGGAGACAUCAGAUACAGAUGUAGCUCCUUACAUUCAUGUCGGCGGACCCUCGUGUAUUGGAAUUCACAUUUAUGAGAAUACUUUAUUUUGUUCUUGUGUUGUGUGUUUUUUUUUCACAUUGUUUUGUGCUACUGACAAUGUAAUGGUUUGUGUGUGUGUGUGUGUGUGUAGAGUGAGUGUGUUUGUGAACUUUUAGAACAAACAACUGAACAGGUUGUGACGUUUUUUUUUUCUAUCUUUCUAUUGAUGUGCAUGAAUAACUAAUGAUAAUACAAUUAGCUCAUAAAAUCAAAUUCAACCAUCUAUUUAGCACAUGAAUAUAAUCAUUUUAGGCAAGCGCAGACAAGACAUUUGAUUUUGGCAUCUACUGCUUUUUCUGUGAUGCUUGUGCUUUGACAUUGUCCUUGCAUUUAUCGCAACAUUACACAAUUUCGAUAUCGAUAUUUAUUAUAAUUCAGUACAUGCACACUAUAAAAUAUUAAAAUAUCUGUCGACCUGAUAAGAGGAGCUUAUGACUGUGUUAUCCUAAAUUUGAUGUAAAUACUUGUAAAUAAGGUUGAAUUCUGAAAGGCACAAACCAGUUUAGAGACUUUUCAGGUUUGUUAAGAUUAGAAAAUAUUUACACACAAACCUCACAAAUAUUGUUUACCUUAAAUGAAAGUUUGUUACAAUACCGUCUGAAGCCAUACACAGGGUGUUAUCUUAAUGCUUUUAUAUAGUAAUAAAAUAAAAGGAAUAGCAUGUGUGAUCACUUCCGCAACCAAAAAAUAUAUAUAUAUACCCGGAAGCACAAUUAAAUAGGCUCACAUUUUAGGUGGAUGACACCUUAAAUCGUAAACACAACCAUGCAAAUUAAAAAGCAGGUUAUUAUGCCCCCGGGUUACAGUACAAUGAAAUGUAACAUUCAGCAGUAAAGUGUAGGACUGUCUAACUAUAGAAUAAAAUAAGUAAGAGCAGAGAACAGGUUUUCUGUCUUGUAUUCUCUCUUUUUUUUUCCACCCCGGGGUCCCGACCCAGACUUUGAACAACAUGGGACCAGACAGCAAAAUCACACAGUGAGUCCAAGGCUGCUAAUGAACCUUGAACCGCAAACCCACCACAACACAACACAACACACCGUCACAAGCGCCAUUUCCUAAACUUAAUGGCUUUUAUUGGGGCAAUACAGACGGUCUGCUGUCUCUCUCUGUCUUUGUCUCACACAUUCACUCGGCCUGUGGCUGUGCGUGAGUGGGACUGUGCAUGGGUGUGUGUUUGUGUGUGACACAAAAAGAAAGACAGGGACAUGAAAGGAGAGGUUGCGUUUCUGGUUGGAACUAAAGGCAUUCAGCCUAAUGGCCCACAAUAAACCUAACUGCAAGCCUGU